UACAUUGCCAUUGGCUUGGCAGAAGGUUUCCCCAGUCUCAAAGCUGUUGGGUCUGUGUCGUUGCGGACGAGUCGUUCACGGUUAUAGCUCACUAGUUGUAUUUAGUGCGUACAAGAGUGUUAUAUACACUGUAUAACAUUAGAUUCCGAGUGGUGUGUCAAAGUAAAUGUGAAACUACCGACCUCAGUGUGACCGUGUGGAUCUAGAGGAACGUGUACCUCGUGAUAUGUGUUUACAACAUGGAAUCAAUAGUGGAAAUGCCAUCCCCUAGAUGUUUCCUCCGAGACAGCAGAUCUCCUUUUGUAUAAUAACCGUCAGGUUUCGCAGUUUCCAGUGAAAAGAGAAGAUAUCUAGUGUAAACCAUGGUAUUCGGGAAUGUUAUGUCCUUCCCGUUGACUGCGGGCCUGGCCAGAUUCCUCUCCCCAGCAACACGGCCGAUUCUACUUCUUCCGUGUGCUAAAGUCACUUCUUGCCUCACUUUAGUGUUGUUAAUAUGUUUUGAAACUGUUCUGUUAUCGACAGUUAGCGACUGCACCAAAUCAUUCUACGUCCAUUGGAACACAACAAAUCCAAUAUUCAGGAUAGAUAACACAGACCACAUAAUCGACGUAAAUAAAGGGAACUACCCCUUCGAGUACGACCAGGUGAACAUCAUAUGUCCUGUGUACACGCCAGGCACCCACGAAGAGGAUGCCGAGAAGUACAUAAUAUACAACGUCUCCAAAGAAGAGUACGACACAUGUCGUAUCACAAACCCAAACCCAAGAAUCAUCGCCAUCUGCGACAAGCCGUACAAGCUGAUGUACUUCACCAUCACUUUCCGGUCGUUUACCCCGCAGCCCGGGGGCCUGGAGUUCCAGCCAGGCAUGGACUAUUACUUCAUCUCCACCUCAUCGAAAGAUGACUUGCACCGCCGCAUCGGAGGCCGAUGCUCCACCAACAACAUGAAGGUUGUAUUCAAGGUGUGCUGCAGCCCUGACGAGAUGCACAAUAACCAGAAUGUGUCGUGUUUUAGCAGUAAGCCACGCCCACGCCGCCACCACACCCCUGCGGUGACCAGUGUGAGCACUCCGGCACCUGUGAGCCAUCCACCCUCCCACAGGCCCACCGUGCAGGUGCAACACCCCACCUUCGCCCCAAGGCCUACCACUCACUACGACGUUCCAAAGCCUACCACCAAGAAGUCAAGUGAAUUUGACAAACAUCCAAACGAGGUGGUGAAGAAUGAGGAGCUGACGUACAACGGCGGCUGUAGCCUGGGCCGCAGUCCUGCGUUGUGGCUGUGUGUCCUGCUGGUGGUCAGCGGUCUAGUCGGCCGAUAGGCCUCCACUCCUUGUACAUACUUGCCCAGAACCCUUCCGUACUUAUACCUUAGACACGUACACCAACAGCUUUCCGGGCAGCAUUUCCGCCAAGACUGAUCCAGCGUCUUGCCUUCUCCUCUCCAUCAUCCUGUAGAUAAUCUAUUGUUCUUAUUUUACGCGCUGUAUUUAGUGAUCAGUGCGCUUUACUAUAAUUUAUUGUACAUAAGGAUUAUUUAUUUACUCUAUUUAAGUAAUUAUUUAGAUGCGUUUUGUUAUUUUGCCUGAUUUAUACUGUCCAUGUUCGGACUCGUGAUUAGUAUGUAAUUAACUGACGAAAAAACGUAAAAAUUGUAUACAGAUCUUAUUUUAUAUUGUAAAUUUUUGUAGACGACGCCUUUAUAACUGUAUCGAUGUAAGUAAGGAGAAAUGCUCGCGUGAAGCUGUGUUAACGUCCUGUAUUAUAUGAUAACUUUGUACAGAGAAUAUCGUAGUGAGUGCGUGUAGCCGAGUUAGAACAGAGAUAUUUGUGCCGAAUAAGUGAUAUUCGAUCCUUGUGUUCUCUCUGAAAUGUUCUUGCAACAGUAGAGUUUCAUUUCUCGGUAGCUGACUGUACAGAAUAUGUUGGUGUUAGAAACACUUUUGCCCGUGUCGGGCCGUUUUUUGUAUUUUUAAUAACCGAUCGUUGCCUACCACGACCCGAGUUUUGGAUGAGUUUGAAGCAAAAUCAGUUUGUGAAAUUGAACAGUCGGAUCCUGAACUAUGGUAGAGAUGGGCGAUUGGCAGAUGCACAGCAAUCUCUAAGGUGCUUACAAGCCCGUGCCACUAUCUUUGCUAAGAUACGUGCCUUAAAAUGUUGACUUUGUCAAGAUUUGGCUCAAAACGGCACUGUUUCACAAGAACUCAACAGAAAACAUGCAACAAUUCUGGAGAUCCAGACAUUCCAGCCUCAAGGUGCAAGGCUCUGUCACUUCCCUCCUUCAGCCAUGACCUCAACGGCAGGUCUUAAGAUUGUAAUUUCCACCUGUACAGAACAGUUUGUUGGAUAUUAACAUCUUAAAAUAAUCAAGCAAUAUAAGUAGUUAAUUGAACUGGAUUAAAAUAAACAGUUAUUAAGUACUUAUAUGAUAAAUUUACAUUUUCGUUUAAUCUUGUAAUACGUUAACAUCCACAACUUUAAUUAUACAUCCGGAUAUGUCUUCAUACCAACUGUCAGGCCUUUAAUGAAACGAAUGAGUGUGUCUAACCACAAAAUCCUCAUACAUAUUAUAAGACAAAUUUUCAAAUUCUUGUAACCAGCCUGCAAAUGUAACAAUCCCUACCUAUAAAAGUUUUUGUCCAUGGAGCGGAAGAUUUGAACUUAAUGCAAAAAAUAUUUUUUGCAGUGUAUUAUCUUAGGAAAUAUAAGAAAAGGAGAGUAUUAAAAAGUUGUUACAAUUCAUAAAGGUAAUAAAGGUUACAUUCAUUAAGAUGUAAUAGAACAGACUUUAUCUGCAAGUACUACAUUACUUUUAAACAUUUUAUAUAUUAUUAUUCAUUCACAUAUUUUUAAUCAGUUAUGUGUAACUCAAUGUUAUAUCAUGUGUACAUUUUAAAACUAAAGUUAAAUUAUUAUAGUAUACUUCAUUUGUUUGUAUUUAUUAUUUUUACACUUCCUAGUGGAAGUUGAAGGAACAAAUAAAUUUCGAUGUUCAAAAUAUAAUUUAAAAAAUUAUAAAUAUUUCACUGUUGAAUCAGUUUUAUUUAUUGUUUUUGUUUUAAUGAUCAGUGUUUUAAUUCCACGCUUUGCAUUUAAUACAGUUCCAUCUUAAAUCCAAAAUUUAAAGUAAUAUAAUAUUAAUGUACCAAAAUUUGUAAAUGCUAUUCAAGGGUUUUUUAUUAAAUAAAUGAAAAACAAGUAUUUAAUUUUCUAUCACAACAUUUUUAAAUGUGUGGAUAAUCAGAAACAUAGUCCAGGAUUAACUUUGUAGUCACUAUUGUUUGAUAGUGUGAUGUGGAGAAUUCUCUUGACUGUGUUUGGAGUAAUGGGUAGUGACAGAGCUUGCCCUCCGCAGGCCUGACAGUCGCCAGCCCCUCCCCCCUCCCCCACUGUGUGGUGGUCUAUACAGUGCCAUAUUGUACCUACCGUUCCGCACGUAUCCGUUGCACCUAGCUUAGUGUUGGCUGAGUGGUUCAUGUCAUGUUGUGUCGCGGUCUCGCGCUCACCGCUCGCUAUUAUAGCUCCGCAUCUGGCGGCGAUAUGUUUGACGUUGUGUCCGUGUUAUUUUUCUUGUCCAACUGAUCCACUUAGGCUAAGACAGUGUAAAUGUUCGAUUUGUCCAUCAGAAUAUAUCACAUAGAACUUAUAAUGGUACCGUAGUGAAUAUGUAAUAAAGUGUAAUAUUUUAUUGAUACGAUGUAUAGUUUGCAGUGUAAAAGUAUAUUUUUCCAAACACUUUUAUAACUGAGUUGUAAAAUUAACUGAGUUUUUGAUGAAUACUAUUGUGUUGUUAUAGAAAGAUAGGACCGUUUUGUUUUAUAUUUUGCGCGUUUGGACUCCUUAAUUAUCGAUCAAUGCUAGAGAUGGUUAUUUAUACUGUAUUGUUGCGUUUAGAUGAUAAUUUAGUAAUUUAAUUGCCGUAUUUCUGAAGCCGUCAAUCAAUAUGUAAUUAAGUGUAAUUGUUGCUGAAACCGAGUUUGUAGACUGUAAUGAUUGUUUUAUUGACAAAUGUGAUAUCCGUGUAUCAUAAGAAAGUGUCUGGACGAUUGUGUCAUUUAUGCGAGUGUAUCACAAAUAUUUUACCUGGUGUAACAUAAUAAAAGUGCACAAUAGCAAAAAUACUGUAUAUUACUUAAAUCUUGAAAUAGAGAAUCACUGUCCAGAACCUGUAUGUAAAUUUCAAUACUCGAUGAUUUAAAUGUUUUCUUUCAUAGUUUAUACCCGAGACAAAUAAUGUUUUACCAUAUGACAUGCUGACACUCUCUGUAUUAUAUCUGGUGGCCAAGUGUUAGCUGUAUCAUGUUACUCAGUGGUAUCCAGAUAUGUUUUAUCGAUUAAUCUUGUCUGAUCAUUUUCUAUGUUUACACUUUCUUGUUUGUGAAACAUCUGCAUUUAAACUAAACUGUGUUUCAUAGCAAAUAAAUGUUUUAACAUGUACAGUGUUCAGUGGCAAAAUAAAACCCAAUACUCGGUUUAAUUUAUUUUUACCUCAGUUUUCAGUGUCUGGUUAAAAUCAGGGUAAGGCCUUUUACGUUGAGCACAGGCAUGCGUAUAUUUAGUCCAAUGUGGUUGCUGUCAAGUCUCAAACUAAAACUAUGUUUAUAUUGGAACUUCAAAUUUGUUAGAGUGACAAUAAACACCUACGAUAUAAAUUCUAUAAAAACAUGAACACAUGGAAAUAAAUACUUAAUGGACAUAUAUUGUUCUAGUACUGCUCAGUAAAUUUUAAAUUUUAAGUGUUUUUUGUUGGCGUUAUCUAAAUUCACAAAUUAACAUCCUUUAAUUCAACAAAUCAUUUAAACAUUUUAAUAAUCUACAACUCAAAACAUGUAGAUGAAAUUUCAUUCAUAUCAUUCAAAUGAUUAGAAAUAUAAUGUAUAAUGUAAAAUAUCCAUAAAAUUUUUACUCCCAACAGACGAUUUUGCACCAUUCUUCAACCUGGAUACACAAUUGUAUAAAUGUUGCUGCAGAACUGAACUGAAAGUGUACACAACCAAAAAGUAGCAAUUUGGCUGCUUUAUAUAACAAAUUUUAGGACAAAGAACUUAUUCUAAACGUUCAAGAAAUAUAACUUAUUACUGAUUUUCAUAGAAUUAAAACUGAUUAAAAUACAAUAUGUGUAUAGAGUAUUGUGGUCUCUGGAAAUCAUUUUAGAAUAUACAAUGAUUUUUUUACUAAUGGUAAAAAAUAAAUGGUUGAAUAAAAUCCUCCACUUGCACUAUUAUUAUAUUGGGUCUGUAUUCCAGAAUAUGGAAUAAGAAUGAAGAGAAGUUUUGGUUGAAACUUUUCCUCCCAUACAUCCUUUGAAAUGAUCAAUACUAUUUUUAAUCCCUUUACAAAACGUAACGCGAUACACAAUAUUUCCAGAGUCCUUGUUGGACUGAACCACAAUUUUGUUUAGACUUUUAAAAACAAAAAGCUAUGAAAAUUCUAAAAAUAAUCACAAACUUUAUUGAACAAAAUUGAAAUAAAUAAUCUCUUUAUUGCAUUUAAACAAAUUCUGACAUUGUAUCGCAAUCGUCAAUUUUAAUAAAUUUUGUAAAAAAACCAUGUACACGUUUUCUGUUUGUACACAAAUUAAAUCAGUUGUACUUGCAUACCUGUAGUCUCCUGCUCUCAUUAAAGUAUACAGAAAAUAUGUGUGGGACAUCGAAUUGUAGAUUACUCGAAUUGGUUUAUUGGAAUGUACAUUUUCUGGUUGUGGAGUAAACAUAUUACCGUAAAAUUAUGUCAUACCUGUAUUUUCCAUUACGAAGGAGGAUGACAAUGCUGACACCCGGCAACUGAAGCCCAUACAGAAUGUUACAGAAACAUAGUUUUAGAGUGUUGACACAUAGCAGUAAUGGUUGUGCUCCCACAGAUAUAUUAUAGUACUUGCCGAUUCCCACUGUAUUAAUUAUGUGUUAAUGUGGAUAGCUGUUAUUUGUUGUUCAACUGCUGUAAUUCAGCAUAAAUGAACCAAUAAAAAUUGCGAAAAUUGUAUGAGGUUUCCUGUUUUAUAAGACGGAAUUAUAUUUUUGUAAAUUUUUAUACAUUGCUAUGUCUUCAAUGCAUAUUUUACGAAAGCUUAAAACACUAUUUGCGUAGAAAUAAGUUUAUUUGUGUCCUUCGUUCUAUGAAUAUGAUAUUUAUUCGCAUAGACUUUGUUAUGUUUGUAUUUCAAGUAGAUUGUGGCAGAAGAGAAUUAAUCUACGUAGAGCCUCUGUAUUGUAUAGGAUAAAUAUACUAUCUAAAAAUUCAAAAUAUUCAUCAAUAAUGAUUCUGGAAGGAAGUAACGACAGUGAGUUGAAUACUCUGCAUCUUGGUAGACAACAAGUCUUUUCUAUCUAUUCAAUUGAGUUACUGUAACACAAUAGUAGUUUAAAACCAAUCGUCCAUUGAGGGUGGUGGUAGCACUUUGUUAUGACUUACUUUCAACCCGUUGUUACUACUUUGAUAUUUCUUCAUAAUAUCAUAUAUUCUGUAUAUUGUAAUGUUUUAUAUUAUACAGUCUAACCUCACCAAUUUUAAAUCCUUAUAAAAAGAUUUAUUGAGAUUUUUAAGAGCUUUUUAAUUGUAGAUACAGAAAAUUUAAUUCACAAAGAUACAUAACUUGAACUAUGCAAUGGGACACUAGCAAUAAUUUCUUCACAAUACAAUCGUUUCUGAAACAGUGCAAUCAGAGUUUCUAGAGGGUUUAAAUCCAAUUUUGUUUGAUUUAAAGAAAACAGCUUGUAGAAAUAAUAGCAAAAAUCUUAAUUCCAAUAAAGGCUUUUCCGAUUUGUUUUAUGGUUUUAAAUGUUUUGCUAAAGAAAUGAAAAAAAUUAAUUUUUUAAUCUUAUUAUAUUAUUGAGGCUUAAAUUAGUAAUGUUUGAUAAAAAUUGUUAUGUUUUAUUAUUAGUUUCAAAUGUAUCUAAUGAAUGCAGUUUAUGUUUUAAUGAGUUAAUGUACAAUAAGAGUACUUAAUAGACGAACAAAGUAAAAAUAUAUUGGUAUAAGUUAAUACAUUCAACUUGUUUAUUUAUAUGGAUUAAUGAGUAUUAAACAAUUUUUCCCUUUGACUGCCGCAUUCCUAUUAAAUCAGCUAAAUACUGUUUUUAAAGCCACCAAAGACAGAUCUAAUUGGAAAAGUUUGUUGAGUACAUAUAUAGUUCACAAACAGGCUCGAUACAGUCAAAAGUAUAUUACAUAUAUAUAUUCUCAUGAGCUGAGUCUCAUAAGCAGUGAUUCGUGGAUGUUGACACAAACAUCUAUAGUUGAAAUUGCAGUGUGUCAGAGUAUUAGCUACGUUGAUACAAUCUAAAGCGCAGUGCGCUUUGGUAUUGCCACACACAUAUAUAGUUCAAAGUUGAGUGUGUCGGAGUAUUAGCUACAUUGAUACAAUCUAAAGCGCAGUGCGUUCUUCGUUAUUGCCACACACAUAUACAGUUCAAAGUGCAGUGUGUCAAGAGUAUUAGCUACAUUGAUACAAUCUAAAGCGCAGUGCGUCUUCGUUAUUGCCACACACAUAUAUAGUUCAAAGUGCAGUGUGUCAAGAGUAUUAGCUACAUUGAUACAAUCUAAAGCGCAGUGCGUCUUCGUUAUUGCCACACACAUAUAUAGUUCAAAGUGCAGUGUGUCAAGAUUAUUAGCUACGUUGAUACAAUCUAAAGCGCAGUGCGUCUUCGUUAUUGCCACACACAUAUACAGUUCAAAGUGCAGUGUGUCAAGAUUAUUAGCUACGUUGAUACAAUCUAAAGCGCAGUGCGUCUUCGUUAUUGCCACACACAUAUACAGUUCAAAGUGCAGUGUGUCAAGAGUAUUAGCUACGUUGAUACAAUCUAAAGCGCAGUGCGUCUUCGUUAUUGCCACACACAUAUACAGUUCAAAGUGCAGUGUGUCAAGAGUAUUAGCUACGUUGAUACAAUCUAAAGCGCAGUGCGUCUUCGUUAUUGCCACACACAUAUAUAGUUCAAAGUGCAGUGUGUCAAGAGUAUUAGCUACAUUGAUACAAUCUAAAGCGCAGUGCGUCUUCGUUAUUGCCACACACAUAUAUAGUUCAAAGUGCAGUGUGUCAAGAGUAUUAGCUACAUUGAUACAAUCUAAAGCGCAGUGCGUCUUCAUUAUUGCCACACACAUAUACAGUUCAAAGUGCAGUGUGUCAAGAGUAUUAGCUACAUUGAUACAAUCUAAAGCGCAGUGCGUCUUAGGUAUUGCCACAAAGAAGUUUACACAAACAUACGUAGCCAAAAGUGGAGUGUGUUAAAGUGAAAUCAAAAGCCAUGAACUGACAAAAUCAAAGUCCAGUCUAUAAGAGCAUUUUUACAGGGUGAUACAAUUCAAACCCUUAGCUGUCUAAGCAUUGCUGCAAGCCAAUACAAUCUAAAGGCCAUCUGUCUGAUGGUUAUCACAGAUUGAUACAAUUAAAGCUCAGUUUUGUUGUUAAAAGCAAAAAUAAGUUUUAUUCAAAGAAAUGCAAGUUGGAUCAAAACAUCCUUCGGCUGUGGCAUCCUUAUAAGUGUGUAAUAUUAGUGAGACUUAUAAAUAGCUUGACAGUACUCGAUGUGUCUUUAUGAAAAUGUCGUGGUGGUCAAAGGAAACAUUGUAAGACUCUUUAUUGUAUGCAUUUUUAAUAAUAGUAUUAAUAUAUGGCAGCAUUUCUUAGUGUAAACUUGUUUUUGACAAGAGGAUUUUAUUCUUGUUGGCUGUCUCUCUAAGAUGUAUAGUGAUACUAUUUUUUCUAAGGAAUAUGCUCAUUUCCCAAGUAAAUUUAAACACAAAUUGUAUUUAUAUUUAUAACCUAUCAUUCUGGUUUAUGACUGUCAAGUAUCUAAGGUCCUUUUUAGAUGUAACAUUAUGUAUUUUUAUUUUCUCACAAUUUUAAAUUAACCGCAUACCUUAGUUACAUCUAGUGAUUGGCAGUGGCAGAGUUUGCUCCUGAAGGCUAGACUGAGGCUAUUAUCCUGUAAUAUCAUCUGUGGUAAUUUGUUGAAAUUGUACCGUUUUUAUUUCAAUGUAUUGUGAUGGGUGACUGUACAACAGUAACUAUAAGACGAGCAGGUGGCCCACUUGAUGUCAUACUUUCUGUUUCCAUAACGUAACAUAGCCUACCUACCGUAACUGUAAAUAUAGCAUUGUGUCCAGUACACGACACCAGACCUGGCCCUUCAGUCAUCAGUGUGGUCCCUCUUCCGUACCCUACUGACACUGGUAUCUGUGUCCAGAUAUCGUAGAUUAUUAAAUUCUAUUGUAGACAUUUUAUGUAAAAAAUAUUCAUAUAUAAAUACGUACAUAUACGUACAUACAUAUGCAUGCGUGUAUUAGAACAAAUAUAUGCAUACGUAUAUAUGUAUUUAUAAAUAUGUAUUGUGCACCUUAGUCAUUACACUAAGCUAUAUUAUGAAAAUGUUAAUUUUAUAACUGAUUUUUGUACAAAAUAAAUAACUGUAAUGUAUGACAACACA